GACCUGCGCAAGCUUUCACACUGGGAAUAUCUUUCCGUCCUCCCUCCUCUCCCCCCCCCCCCCUGGUCCAAGUCACAUCCAGAAUCCAAAAUGGGAUGAAAAUGGAUUCAGGUACAAGAAACAUGGUGACCAGUCCUCGAUGGUGAACCGUGCUGGCGUCGAGAUGGAGGUUAUUGUAACAUACAAGUCCCAGAGCAUAAACCUUCCCCGGCCGUGAUUGGGUCAUGUUUAAUUAUCUAUUGUUGCGGAUAAAUAUUAUUUGAUUUCAUUCUUACCCAAUCAAUGGAUGAAUUGGCGAUGGAAUGAUGAUGGUGUGAGUAGUGCGACUUGAUGAUGGAGAUGAGAUCUUGGGUUUCACUGUAUUCGGAUGAGGGUAUGGAAGAAUUGGAAGAAUUGGAAGGGUUGGAAGGGUUGGAAGGGUUGGAAGGGUUGGAAGGGUUGGAAGGGUUGGAAGGGUUGGAAGGGUUGGAUGGGUUGGAAGAAUUGGAAACAAUGGAAGAUGCCAUGGAAAGAAAUGACUCGAGAGGUCAAAGCUACGAGGGAUAA